ACCACCCUGGACUCGUACUACUACUAAACCGCUCCAAAAGAGAGGGAACACCAGAUCGCAAAGAUAGGAAGGCCAAGGAGAGCUAAAGAGAAUGAGCGUGGGUCGGAUCGGUCGCUACAGCAUCGUGUCGACGGAGGAGGAUGGUCUGCGCUUGACAACCAUGCACGGUGGAGGGAUGAAUGGAUACGGCAACGGCAAGAUCCAUACUCGGCGGAAAUGUCGCAACCGUUUCGUGAAGAAAAACGGACAGUGCAAUGUGCAGUUCACCAACAUGGACGAGAAAUCCCAGCGCUACCUGGCGGACAUUUUCACCACUUGUGUGGACAUCCGCUGGCGCUACAUGCUGAUCGUUUUCACACUAGUCUUUGUGAUUUCUUGGUUAGCUUUCGGCUUGGCGUUUUGGGUCAUCGCGCUUCUUCACGGUGACUUGGACAACCCGGCGGGGGACGACAACUUCACACCCUGCGUGCUACAAGUGAACGGCUUCAUUGCAGCGUUCCUGUUCUCCAUCGAGACACAAACGACCAUCGGUUACGGUUUCCGCUGCGUGACGGAAGAGUGUCCUCUCGCGGUUUUUCUCGUGGUCUUCCAGUCCAUCGUGGGCAGCAUCAUCGACUGCUUCAUGAUUGGGGCAAUCAUGGCCAAAAUGGCACGCCCCAAGAAGCGAGCGCAGACUCUACUGUUCUCGCAUAACGCCAUCAUAGCCAUGCGAGACGGGAAACUAUGCUUGAUGUGGCGGGUGGGGAACUUGCGAAAGAGCCACAUCGUUGAGGCACAUGUCCGAGCGCAGCUCAUCAAGCCGCGGGUUACGACCGAAGGCGAGUACAUCCCCCUUGACCAGUUGGACAUUAACGUUGGUUUCGACAAAGGACUUGACCGCAUCUUCCUCGUCUCGCCAAUCACCAUCCUGCAUCAAAUUGACCAAGAGAGCCCUUUGUUCGGCAUCAGCAAGCAGGACCUAGAAACGGCGGAUUUUGAGAUCGUGGUCAUCUUGGAGGGAAUGGUGGAGGCCACGGCCAUGACGGCACAGGCGCGAAGCUCCUACUUGGCUAGCGAGAUCCUCUGGGGGCAUCGAUUUGAGCCGGUGCUGUUCGAGGAAAAGAACCAAUACAAGGUUGACUACUCACACUUCCACAAGACGUACGAGGUGCCGUCCACACCACGCUGCAGUGCCAAGGACAUGAUGGAAAACAAGUACCUGGUGGUGCCCAGCGCCAACUCCUUCUGCUACGAGAACGAGCUGGCGAUCCUGAGCCACGAAGAGGAGGAGGACAACAGUCCGGAAAGGAUAAAGCCAGAACGAGCAAUGAGCCUCAGCCCAGAGAGAACCCCUCGACAUGAUUUCGAACGACUGCAGAACCCUCACUGCACAGAGCAAAGGUCAUACCGCAGGGAGUCGGAGAUAUGAACCUUUACUACGACCUUUUUGAUACUCAAAUUUUGUGACGCGUUCCUGGAGAUACUGGAGCUUCUACAAUGCAGAACAAUGCAAAGUGCCAUACAGAGAGAGUGAGCGCGUGAAUCAGCGAAAAAAAACAAACGGGUGAAUGUGUGAAAGCUGGAAAGACGCUUAGCGGAAGAUUCGAAAAAAGAGA